AUGUACAUUCUAUUCUUAUUUUAUCACUUUGGAAAUUGUUAUUAAGAAAUAUCAUUUCAAAAUACAAAGGGACUUCGAUAACUGAAUAUAGAAAACAAAUUGGAUGAAUCAAUUGUUUUAGAAGCAAAAUCCAGUUAAAGUCAAGUAAGCAUACUGUUAAUUUGUGACACAGCUCCAAACUUUUAACAAUUUGAAGAAAUUUACAAUGAUUAAAAGUAUUUUCAUUUAUAUGAAGCUUUGGAUGUAUUUGUGAUUGGAACGCGUUUGAUUUCUCUGAACCUUCCUAAAAAUUAAUGCUUAUUAGAAAUUCAACAAAUAAUAUGAAUUCAUAUUCUAAAAAUGUGAAAUAUACAAAUACCAAUUCUCCUUAUGUAGGAAUAUUUUCAAAUAAAUAUGAUUUUGUAAAUAUUUACAUUUAUCCAAAAUAAUCUAACGAUUGUAUAGUGUAAAUUUCUUAAAUAUUCAAUAGGAAUUGUAAGUAUAAUGGAGAAUGCAAAAAAGGAACAUGUUAUUGUAAAGAAAAUUAUUUUGGAUUUGAUUGUAAAUAUUAAGGAUCAAAUAUAUUUAAUGAAGAAUAUUUAAUCAAAUCUAGCUAUUAUUAUGUUGAUUUAAAAUCUUUAUAGGAUUCUAAUUUUACAAUCCAAUUUAAAAAGAAAGGUAAACUUAGUUAUUAAUGUUUCUCUAUAAAUCCAUACUUAAAAAAGGCAAAUAUAAUUACUAGUGAUAAUAUAUAAAUAUCAACAACAGAAAUUAAUAAUUGUUUACAUUAAGGAAAUAGAUAAUUUGGAAGUGUUUCAUAUUAUAUUAUUUAAAUAUAUUAAGAAGAUCUACUUUACCUAUAGAAAUAGGAAAGUGAAGACUCGAAUGAUUAUAAAACAAUGUUAAUUGCUAUUUUGUCAACUUGCCUUACAUUUUUAUGUUGCAUCAUUUUCUGUGUUUUCAGGUGUUAUAGAUCUAAAAGGAUAAUUGCAAAUACAAAUACAAAUGCAAAUAGAAUAUUAAUGAAUUUGUAAACAAACAAAACUACAACUGAUUAUUCAUAAGAAAUUGCUGAAUUAAUUCCAACAAUUCAAUUCUCAGCUGUUUUUAAGAAAUACCCUUAAAUAUUAGAUUUUAAUUAAUGUGCAAUUUGUUUAGAUAACUUUCAAUUAGAUUAAUUAGUUAGAGUCACUUAUUGCUAGCAUGUUUUUCAUUCCAAAUGUUUUGAUGCUUGGAUUAAAAAAAAUUCAGUAUUAGAUUUAUUUAUUAUAGAGUUGUCCAAUCUGUAGAUCUCCUUAAGAUAAAAGAACUAUAAAGUAAUAAGAAAAACUAUAAACUAUCAUUUCAUAAAACACAGAAUUUAACCCUGAAGUUACAUCUCAAAAGUAACAAAUAUCAAGAGCCUAUGGAGAAACUCCUAUGUUAACGAAUCAUAGAUCAGCUGGAUCAUCUAAGUAUAUCUAAAGUAAUAUUUGA